AUGGGUUUGUCUGUGGCGAGUUUGGGCUGCGCCUGCGUGGUGAAGCAGGCCAUGGACGAGAUGUUUGUGGAGCAGCUGGCUAUGCCCUUCGACUGGUUGGUCUCACGCGUGGAGGGCUUGCUCUACUUCUUCCGGCAUGGCUUUAGAGACUUCCUCCACUACGAUGACAGCCAGGUGGUGGGCGAGCACGGGUACACCUCCUUCCGCUCCGCCUACCACGCCUUUCCGCACCACGACAUGUCAUGCCUGAAGUCGCAGGAUGCCUUUGCGCGGCGCUGCGAGCGGCUGCUGGAGCUGGUGCGGUCGUCAGCGGAGCCGCAGGCGCGCCCGCUGCUGCUGGUGCGGGUGUGCGCCAGGUCGGAGGAGCUGGACCAGAGCGAGGAGCUGUACCACUUGCUGCGGCUCAUGGGCGGCCAAAAGCUCUUUCUGCUGGUGAUCAUCACGGAGCAGCCUCAGCAUUUGGGCGCGGUGCAGCACGUGAAGUACAGCAACCUCAUCUUCUACGUGUGCCAGCCCGGUGGGGCGGACUUGGUGGAUGCUGUGAGGUUCGGCAUGGACUACGUCUACGCCGCGGUGUCCUUUGGCGAGCACAGCCUGGACAGUGCGAAGCGAGUGGCGCGAGGGGUGUCGCCGGUGCCCUCGGGCAGCAUGUUGCGCCAGCUGAUGCGCCCGCACAGGCACUGGCUGAGCCGCGACCGGCGGGGGCUGUCGCCCACCUCGGACGUGGAGGGCUGCUUCGAAAACGGCCCGGACCAGUUCUUCCCCGGGCGCUUCCAUCGGAAAGGCUUCGAGGCGUCGCCCUACUACAGGCAGGUCGAGCUGAAUGGCGCCUUGGACCUCGAGGCCCUGCGGAAGUUGGACCUCAACGCCUGGGACCUCCGAGGGGAGACGCUGCUCUUCAAGGCCGCCCGGCUGUCCACUUCUGCCGCGGCCGUGGCGCAACUGCUGCUGGCUUCGGCGGACCCAGGCUGCCGGGACCUCAGCGGGCGCCUUGCCGUGUCUCCGUGCGGUACGGAUCUACUGCGGCUGGCGAGGGAGGAGUUGCAGCCUGGGGAGGCCCUGGCAGCGCUGGCGCAGGUGCCGGAGCCCUGGCGGCGCCAUCUCUGCGGGCGUCUGGGGCUGGUCACGGCGCCCGAGCUCUGGCGCCCGAGCGAUGGCCACGCAGGAGGCCCGCUGCGCCGCCAGCGCCGCGGUGCUCUUCGCAAACCCCACGGCGCAGGCUGCGGCGGCGCUGGGGCCCGCGGCCGUGGAGGCGCUGAAGCGGCUGCGGGACCAUGCGGCACGGCCGGCGGAGGAGACCGGCGGCAGCAGCUGCGGAAGUUGCUGCGGGAGUGGCACCCGGACAAGCACCUGGCCAGGAGCCUCGAGCUGCAGGAGCAGGCCAAUCAGAUUUUCUGCUUCAUCCAGAAGCUCCGGGAUGUUUUUCUUGGCCCUGAUGGCGACGGCUAG